ACACACACACACACAGGAGCAGCAGGUUCUGUCUGACAUGACAGGAAUUAGAGAAGCGAGGACCAUUUCAGCUGUGAUCCGGAUUAUCUGAACCCGGAUCUGUCUCUCUGUGAGUGUAUGUGUGUGUGUGUGUGUGUGUAAGUGCAGUCAAACUUGUCGGUGAAUUAUUGAUCUCCUUUUACUCUUUUUUUCUUUCUUUCUUCUUCUUCUUCUUCUUCUGUUUUUUUUUCUUUCUUUCUUGUCUAAAAUGGUUGUUCGACAUCAGAGCAGUUUUUAAAAGUCUUCGGGACCGGAACCGGGACUCUCUAGAGGAUUUUACCCUAACAGAGACGAUCUAAUCCCGGACACCUCGGGCACCAUGAUCAGCUCGGAGGGCCUUCGGCCGAGCUCCAACGGCAGGAAGCCGCUGGGGAAGCUCGCUUCGCGGCUGGAGGAGGUGAAGAACCCGUGGCGACAGGGAUCCACGCUGGAGCUGAGCCACAACGAGGCGGCGCGCUUGGCCACGGACGCGCUGCUGGAGCACGGAGAGAAGGAGUACCGGAGGGUUCUGGCCGAGGAGCGGGAGGUCAACUUCCUGUCCCCGCCGGAGAUUCGCUACAUCUGCCAGUACUCCGCCAAGAGCUGCGGGGGGUCCGACAGCAACGGGACGGGAGCCGUGGGUGAGCGGGACUUCGGCGACGGAGACGCCGUGUCGGAGCUCACCUCCGGGACUUAUUUCCCCAUGAUGUCCGACGAGGAGCCGCCGAUGCUGGAGCUCGGCUGGCCGGAGAACCCGAACCGAUACGGACCGUCCGAGACACAGAUUUACUUCCAGAGGGACAAGUCUCAUAAUGUCAAAGACCUGAUCCGAUCACUGAUCAAUAAAGCCAAGAAGGUCAUCGCGUUGGUCAUGGACGUAUUCACAGACGUGGACCUGCUCUGUGACCUCAUGGAGGCGUCCAACAAGCGCCGCGUCCCUGUCUACAUCCUGCUGGACGAGAAGAAGCUCGACUACUUCACGGACAUGUGCUCGGCGCUCGACAUCCAGAACUCGCACCUCAGCAACAUGCGUAUCCGCACUGUGUGCGGCGACACUUACUGCACCAAGAGCGGCAAGAAGUUCAGCGGUCAGGUGCUGGAGAAGUUUAUGAUCAUCGACUGUGAAGAGGUCAUCGCGGGGUCAUACAGUUUCACCUGGCUCUCCUCUCAGGUGCACAGCAACAUGGUGAUGCAUUUCUCAGGGCGAAUCACAGACAGCUUCGACCGGGAGUUCCGCUGCCUCUACGCAGACUCGCAGAUCAUCGACUGCUUCUACAACGCAGAGGACGAGGGGAUGCCUUGCUACCCGUCCUACCAGGCCAUGAUGGCGCCCGGCAUGGGCCUGGAUUUACUCAAUGAAAGGAGGGAUAGGGUGUGUUCCGAAAACUCCAGCAGCCAAUCGAGUGACAGCGUCUCCAGUGUGAAGGCCGCACCAGGGAUGAGCUCAAAUGUCGUCUACAAGGUCACCCAAGGUCACGACAGGAAGGAGCCCAACAGCGCCUCUCACCUGAGCCCCGAGAGGAGAGGUGGUGAACAGGCAGGAGGACACGCCCCCACACCAGUACCACGGCAUUCUGCCAACGGAGCAGCCAACCACAUCCAAGUUCCCGAGCGACCGUCGCCACCCACCUACGGUCAGCCAAUGGGCAUCGAGUGGAACAAACCCAGCGCAGCGGACGCCAUGAGGUCGAAUAUUGGUGGCACCACCUCCAAGUUUCAGGCGCUGGGUUUGUACGACCACAAACCGAGUAUGUUCCACGGCAGCCCGAACCCCAAUCUCAACCCCAGGACGCAGACGCCGUCCCCGGUCAACGACGGCAAACUCACCGCCAAACAGAGAACUCCCUCCAACCAGUUCCUCAACAAACUGUCAGACCUCUUCCUGCCGCCGUCCGGCAAAGACCGAGACAACUACAACUUCUGGAGGUCGCCCUCCCCUCAAGGCCCCUCGCCCUGGGGAGGACCCGACCUCUCUCAGACUGAGCCGGAGAGCCAGCAGAGCCCGCCUCCCCCACCCAGCCCCACCGCUGUGUGGAGCCGGCAGGACCAGAAGCGAAUGACGUUGGGCCACAGCAAACUGGACUUGGUGAACCAGUACAACAAGAUGAAAUCCAAGCAGGUUUACAGUCGGUUUGAGCUGAAGAGCACAAACUGAGCAGCGGAGAAGCUGAGCAGCUCACGCCUACCACCUCACAUCACGUCAAUCUUUUAUCGCGUGGAAAGUUUCGGUCAGUUAUUCCUGGAGGGAAAACGAGCCUCUUCUCUCUCACUGAGUUUUACUCACACCCGGAAAAACGCAGCAACACCACGAACCUUAAACAAAUACUGUAGAUAAUAAUCAGUCUAUGGAAAUCAUCACCUCUUCAUUCUCCAACGGCCUCGACCUGAGUCAUGUUCUCAAAUAUAAGUACAUGUUUACAGCGUCUUGUAAGCUUUCACAUUUGUGCAGUUAUCCGAUUUUAUUGUGACAUAAUAAUAAUAAUACUAUAAAUCUGCUUAAAAAUGUCUCAAAACCACACGGAAAUCGCUUGAUUGUAAGUGUCACAAGGUUCUCGAAUGACUGGAAAGAUGCAGUGUGGCACAUCCGCCUAAAUCAGCAGGACUGUAUGCUGGUGAUUUUCCUAUUUUUUUAAUUUAAUCCCGAUAAUGGAAAUUGUGAGUCGUGAAAAAAUGAUUCCCAUUUUCACGCGCAUCUCUACUUUAACUCAGCGUUGAGAUGAUCCCCGAUUUAAUACCUUAGGUUUCCUUACAUAGCGCGAAACUCAAUGUUCUGUCCUUUUUUUGUUGUUGUUUUUUUUAAUACUAACUUAGGACUAGCAUUUAUAUCCACCUCGAGGGCGGGGCCUCUUCCACGGAACACGCCAUGUUCCUUCAUGUUCAUCAAUGAACCAAAAAAAAACAACCACCAGAGCGCCUUAAGUGUUUUUCCGUCACCUGAAGGCCUUGUACGUUCCUCUCGGUGCUUGGUGAGGGGAGCGUUAUUGUGCUGAUGUCUGCAAUAAAUAACUUCACCACUGGAGGCCGCUCUGAACCACACACUGGACCUUUACUGUAAGUUUCUUACGCGACGUUUUUCAACUCCUCGUGCUGCACAUUUGUCUUUGCAGUAACUUUGUGUAUUUGUAUAGUUAUAAGUGUAGUUAACGCUAACUGUGUCAUUUGCGUAAAUAUUCGAGUUGUUUUUGGCGACAUCGUUUUCCACGAGUUGGCAACAAAAGGAGAACCUGACAUUUGCUGAGUAACGCUGGUCGAUGACGAUCCAUGUUUUUGAUACGCAGUAUGUUGUGUGUUUUUGUUUACCGAAACUUUCCAUUUGGCAGUGUUGUCUUUUCUUUUUGUUUGUUUGUUUGUUUUGCGUUGACUAAUGUACAUUCUGUUGUAAAUAGUACAUUAACUGGCAGGAUUUCGGGUUAUUGUUUUAUAACAAAGAAGAAGAAGAAAAAAAACACUCCCUUUAACUGGUUUGUUUAUGUCAUUUUAUUUUUACAGUGUAUGAUUAUUUUCUGGAGAAUGUGAAGCGUCUGUGAUGAUGCUGGUAUUACUUUGUAAAAAGAACAUUUAAGGAUUUAAUAAAAACUGUUGAAAGAGA